CCACAUUCUUUUGCACUUAUAUGGCUGUUUCCUGCCAUAAUCGUUGCGAUUGCUCUUAUCAGACAUGGCUCUUAUCCAUGAUCAUUUACCUCCACCCGACUACGCGUCGCGGAAAGUACCUCUGAUCGCUUUACACGUAUUUUUGGUGUUGUUAGCUUUGACUUUCUAUGGCCUUCGAAUAUACACACGUGCUCGUAUCCUUCAUAGUAUCGGUACCGAUGACUGGCUUAUGGGAGUUGCGCUGCUUUUUAGUAUCGCACUGGUGAUCAAUGCCUGUAUUAGUACCAAAUUCGGCUGGGCCGGACAUCUCUCUGCAAUCCCAUACAAAAACUUAAGCCCUAUCCUUCAAAACAUCUGGAUCUCCGAGCUCUUGUUUACUCUCACGACAUCACUCGUGAAGAUUUCCAUCCUCUUAUUUUACCUUCGUCUCGCCGUCACACCGACCUGGAAGAGAGUGAUAUAUGGAAGCAUUGCGUUUAUUGUCGUCUGGACUAUUGCGUUUUGCUCCCUCAUCAUCUUCCAAUGUACUCCAGUGAGCGAUUAUUGGGAUCCAAUUUCUACGAAUUGCUACCCCGCUGAGAUAGCUCUUUUCACACACGGACUCACCAAUACGAUUACAGACAUAUACGUCUAUGUCUUACCUAUGAAACUGGUCUGGAAAACAAACUUACCGAAAAGGAAGAGAAUCGAAUUAGUGAUCAUCUUUGGAGCUGGUUUCUUGGUCUGUGUUUCUGGUGGGCUGCGGCUAUAUUACACGAUUCUUACCCAGACGUCUGACGACAGCCCUUGGAUAGGCUUCGCCAUGUAUACCUGGGAAGCCACGGAGGUGAACCUAGGUAUAGUCUGUGCAUCUGCACCUCCUCUCAAGGCACUCAUCAGACACAUCAUCCCAAACCUCAGGCUGUCCCGCACUGAUAGCACUGCUAGAGGCGAAAGACGAAGUCGCGCUAGGAAUCCAUUCAGGAUACGAGAGGAAGGCUAUAUUCCGGAUAAGGUUCGAACGACAAGAGAUAUGGAGUGGGUAGGUUGCGAGAGUUAGGAAGGCCAGGCGAAGUUGCAGCUGUACAAGAUUGAUGCAAGUCAGCGGGUGUGACAACUUAGUUUUAGAAGGCAGUGCAUGAUUAACUGGGAGUUGAGAACUACUGUGCUUAGGCUUUUAUCCCUACAAAGGUUUUCCUAAGGUUGUAAUGAUAGGACUACUGCAGCUGUAUGACAGAGCGACAGCCAACGCAGAGUGCUGAGUCUACCUUAAUCAUCGG